UUGGAGCUAAAACGACGGCGUUUAAUGUGUUGCCUGAUAGCCUUUUACUCGAGUGAGUCGUAUCCCUUUUCUUCUCUUAACUGAAAGAAGAGACGACCGGAAAAGAUUCGCUCCUCAGGCGAAAAAAUGGCGAUAACUGGGAAUCUGAGGAUCUCCGCGAGCUUACUAACUCCUUAUCAUCAGCAUCCUAAAUGCCUUUCACUACCUUCUUCUUCUAAGGUUGAUUUCUCUGGCUUUGUGAGCAGUGGCGUAAACAUCUUGGAACCUUAUAAAUGUCCUCCUGGAGUGUCACGUGCCCAAACGAAGGUUUUAGCAAGGAACACCGGAGGAGACUACGAGCUAUCACCAAGCCCAGCUGAGCAAGAGGUGGAGAGCUUUCUCUUGAACGCCAUCAACAUGAGUUUCUUCGACCGUUUAAACCUAGCGUGGAAGAUCAUCUUCCCAUCCCACGCUUCGAAGAGAAGCUCCAACGCGAGAAUCGCUAAGCAGCGGCUCAAGAUGAUUUUGUUCUCGGACAGGUGCGCGGUUAGCGACGAAGCUAAGAGGAAAAUAGUCAACAACAUCGUUCACGCGCUGUCGGAUUUCGUGGAGAUUGAGUCGGAGGAGAAAGUUCAGCUUAAUGUAGCUACGGAUGGUGACUUGGGAACUAUUUACUCGGUCACGGUGCCUGUUAGGAGGGUGAAAGCUGAGUACCAAGACGUGGAUGAGGUUGGAUCCAUAACGAAUGUUGAUUACAAAGAUACGCUUGAUGGUUCUGUAGAUGUGAGGUUCGAUUUUUAUGUUCCAGAGUAAGAAGUUCUUUGAACAGUGUCUUGUUUGUCUGUUUUCUUGUUGCUGUUCUUGAAGUUUCUAGUCUGCGAGGGAACAAAGAAAGUUUCUUAACAUUCCCAUUGUAUAUAUCUAUCUAUAUAUGCAACUCUUAUCUCUUCAACUA